UUUUCCCGCCUUUUGUGAAAUAAUCACUGGCUGCGCAAAUUAAAACAUUCAAAGAAACUUGCUGUGUUCCAAAUGGCAGAUUCACCUUCUGGACCGCGUGUCAAACGACAACGCAUAGACAAAUCCGGUCGUUUCGCAGCGUUGGAGCGCCUCAAAAGUUUGAAGGGCACCAAAAACAAAUGCCAAGUGGAAGAUAAAGUGGACGAUGUGUACGAAGUGGUGGACGAACGGGAAUAUGCGAAGCGUGCAAAUGAGAAAUACGGUGGCGAUUGGAUUGAAGACGACGGCACUGGUUACGCAGAGGAUGGUCGUGACUUUUUUGAAGAUGAGGAUGACUACUCUGAUGAGGAAGGUCGCGAUCAAAGUGAUAACAAGAAAAAGAAAACGGGCAACGCUAAGAAGCGGCCACGCGACGACACAGGCCCAGCCAAGGGAAAGGCGUCUAUUCGAAAUCUCUUCAGCAAUGCGAUACCAAAGAAGGCGGACAUCAAAAACAGUGUCAAGGAUGACGAUAUUCUGGCAGACAUAUUGGGGGAAAUCAAGGAAGAGCCUGCUGGCGACUUGUCUGCAUCGCAGCAACAAAAAGUAAUUGCGCCAGCUAAAAUUGUUGCCGCUGCACGCAAAUCCGAUGCACUUGCGGCCAAGGAGUAUAUGAAUAGCUUUCUGAGCAACAUCAAAAUGCAAGAGCAGCAGCGUAAAAAAGAAGGAAGCAAUGAUGACGAAAUGCUUGAUCGCAUACUGCAGCCAAAGGCUUCAAUGCAGCCUAACAAGAAGGCGACGACAAUUGCAGCGUCGGCUCUAGUCAAAGUGAAGCAGGAGGAAACAACUGAGCAGCCCAGGAAGAAGGCAAAGAAAGAAGCUACGCCUGAACCUGACGACAAUGACUUGGACUUUAGUUGCUUAGAUGACGAUGAGAACCAGUUCGAGUUGGCUGCCUCGAAGGUCAAGCCCGCUGUCAAACCAGAGCUUAAGGACAUGUCCGCAGCAGUUGCGAAUGGCGCUGCCAAACCAGAAGCAGAGGACAUGAACAAGCUGCUUAACAAUUGGGAGUCGAUAUGUCAAAUGGAUGAUGAUUUCGAGAAAUCGGUGUUAGCCAGUGAAGCAGAGGCAGCCGCCGGCAGUGAUCCAGUUGACGUCGAGCAACUGCGAUUUUGGUACUGGGAAGCUUGGGAAGAUGCGCAGAAGCUGCCCGGCGAAGUUUUUCUCUUUGGUCGUACGGCAGACGGCAAGUCCAUAUGUGUGCGUGUUCAGAAUAUCAAUCGCGUGCUCUAUCUUCUGCCCAGGCAAUAUUUACUAGAUCCCAUUACAAAGGAGCCCACCAAGCAAAAGGUCACAGCGGCCGACAUGUACAAGGAGUUCGAUACGCACAUUGCCACCGAACUGAAGCUUGAUACGUUCCGUUCCCGAAAGGUUAGCAAGAACUUUGCCAACCAUGCCAUAGGCAUCGAUGUGCCGCAAACCUGCGACUACCUAGAGGUUCACUACGAUGGCAAGAAGCCGGCGCCAAAUGUCUUAAAUAAGAAAUACGAUUCCAUAGCGCACAUAUUUGGCGCCAACACCAAUGCGCUGGAGCGCUUUCUUCUGGAUCGCAAGAUCAAAGGUCCGUGCUGGCUGCAGAUUAGUGGCUUCAAUAUAAAUCCUGCGCCCAUCAGCUGGUGCAAAACGGAUGUGACGAUCACGGAGCCGAAAAACGUGGAGCUCGUGCUUGAGCAGGGAAAACCAACACCUCCGCCUCCCUUAACUCUGCUCACACUCAACGUGCGCACAUCUAUGAAUCCGAAGACACUCAAGAAUGAGAUCUGCAUGAUUUCGAUGCUCACUCACAAUCGCUUUCAUAUAGACAAGCCGGCGCCGCAGCCUGCCUUCAACCGCCACAUGUGCGCCCUUACCCGACCCGCUGUCUCCACUUGGCCUCUUGAUUUGAAUCUGCAGCUAACCAAGUACAAGUCCACAAAGAUCUACAAACACGACUCUGAGCGUGCGCUGCUCAGCUGGUUUCUGGCGCAGUAUCAGCAAAUCGAUGCAGAUCUUAUAGUCACAUUUGACGCGAUGGAUUGCCAGUUGAAUGUCAUAACGGAUCAGAUUGUGGCCCUGAAGAUACCUCAGUGGUCGCGCAUGGGACGUCUGCGUUUCACACAAACCUUCGGAAAGCGUCUGCUGGAUCACUUUGUGGGUCGCAUGGUUUGCGAUGUCAAACGCUCGGCGGAGGAGUGCAUAAGAGCCAGAUCCUACGAUCUGCAGACACUGUGCCAGCAGGUUCUCAAGCUGCAGGAGUCCGAACGCAUGGACGUCAAUGCGGAUGAUCUGCUGGAGAUGUAUGAGAAGGGCGAAAACAUUACCAAGCUCAUCUCGUUAACCAUGCAGGACGCAUCCUAUAUGCUGCGCCUCAUGUGCGAGCUGAAUAUCAUGCCAUUGGCACUGCAGAUAACCAACAUUUGCGGCAAUACAAUGACGCGCACACUUCAGGGCGGGCGGUCCGAACGCAAUGAGUUUCUGCUGCUUCAUGCCUUUCAUGAGAAGAACUACAUUGUACCCGAUAAGCUGCCACAAAGGCAUGGCGCCGUAGCCAACACUCAAACUGAUCCCGAUGCCACGACGGGUAAUGACACAACGGUGGCUGCGGGCAGUGGAGCAGCUCGUAAGAAGGCUGCGUAUGCCGGUGGCUUGGUGCUGGAACCUUUGCGUGGACUAUAUGAAAAAUACGUGCUGCUCAUGGAUUUCAAUUCUCUGUAUCCGAGCAUCAUACAGGAGUAUAAUAUUUGCUUCACCACAGUACAACAGCCGCACGAUGCGGAUCAGCUGCCUGUGCUGCCCGACUCUAGUGCAGAGCCAGGCAUUUUGCCAAUGCAGCUGCGCCGCUUGGUGGAGUCUCGUCGCCAGGUCAAGAAGCUAAUGGCUGUGCCAGACCUAUCGCCGGAACUGCAGAUGCAAUAUCAUAUACGACAGAUGGCACUCAAGCUGACUGCGAAUUCUAUGUACGGCUGUCUGGGUUUCGCGCAUUCUCGCUUCUUUGCACAGCAUUUGGCAGCUCUAGUGACGCACAAGGGACGAGAGAUCCUGGUUAACACGCAGCAAUUGGUGCAGAAGCUCAACUAUGAUGUGGUCUAUGGCGACACGGAUUCGCUGAUGAUCAAUACGAACAUAACGGACUACGAUCAGGUCUACAAGAUCGGACACACCAUCAAGCAGAGCGUGAACAAGCUGUACAAGCAACUCGAACUGGACAUUGAUGGUGUCUUUGCCUGUUUGCUGCUUCUCAAAAAGAAGAAAUAUGCUGCCGUCAAGCUGACCAAGAACGCCAAAGGCGUGCUGAUACGUGAACAGGAGCACAAGGGCUUAGAUAUAGUGCGUCGCGAUUGGUCCCAGCUGGCCGUGAUGGUAGGCAAGGCAGUGCUGGAUGAAGUGCUCUCCGACAAGCCUCUGGAGGAUAAACUUGAUGCGGUGCAUGCCCAACUUGGGCGCAUCAAGGACCAAAUUGCAGAGUCCGCUGUGCCGCUGCCGCUGUACGUGAUCACAAAGCAAUUGACACGUGCACCGCAGGAGUAUGCCAACAGCGCGUCACUGCCCCACGUUCAGGUGGCGCUGCGCAUGAAUCGAGAAAGGAAUCGACGCUAUAAAAAGGGCGACAUGGUCGACUAUGUGAUCUGUUUGGACGGCACUACGAAUGCGGCCAUGCAGCGUGCCUACCAUCUGGACGAGCUGAAAAGCAGCGAAACUCUGAAGCUCGACACGAAUUACUAUCUGGGCAAUCAGAUACAUCCGGUGGUCACACGCAUGGUGGAGGUGCUCGAGGGCACCGAUGCGAGUCGCAUUGCCGAGUGCCUGGGCAUGGAUUCUAGUAAAUACAGACAGAAUGCGCAGCGCGUCCAGCGGGAGCGUACGGAAGAAGCCGAGGGUGAGUCGCUGCAGAAGACCACGUUGCAGCUUUAUCGCCUCUGUGAACCCUUUCGAUUCAAAUGCGUUAGCUGUAAGACGGAGCAGCUUAUGGCCAGUGCCUAUCGGCCGGGCCCCAACAGCAGCCAUGUGCCGGUGUUGCAGCAGUGCGUCAAUCCCGAGUGCCAGACAUCGCCCAUGCAAUAUUUGGUUAGCAUACGCAAUCAACUGCAGCUGUGCAUGCGAGGCUAUGUGCAGCGCUUCUACCGCAAUUGGCUGGUGUGCGAUCAUCCCGAUUGCAACUAUAAUACAAGAACCUAUUCGCUGCGGCUCGAGCUGCGUCGCCCACUGUGCCUCAAAUGCAACAGUGGUGCCAUGCUGCGGCAAUACUCGGAGCGCGAUCUCUACAAUCAGCUGUGCUACCUGCGUUUCAUAUUUGACCUCAGCAAGCAGCAGCUGCAUCAGAAACCUACUCUAACGCCUGAACUGGAGCAGGCGUAUCAAUUGCUUUAUGACACCGUGGAACAGCAAUUCCAAUGCUCCAGCUACGUUGUCAUCUCGCUUGGCAGCAUUUUCGCGCGCAGCCUGGCGCUGUCGACGCUGAUGCCGCCCAAGAAGGCGCAGCAGGAUAAUGAAAUAGCCAGUAGCUUGGCGGAUGUUUAGUUAAUGCACAACCUCAACUUUUAUUAAAUCUACGCACACUCGCGAACACAAAUAUAUAAAUCUUUGAUAAACUA